AUGGCCCAACGCAAUGAGGAAUCGAUUGUACCAGUGACACAAAGUCCAGCUUCAGAACCCCCUCUACAUACAAAUGCGAAUGGAUCCGCAGCAGUUCAACUCUCAGACUUGCGGGCUGAGCUGAGUGCUGACGGGUCCCAAGACGGCGCCACAACAUCGAACUGGCACACGAACAGAGCCCCGGCCGAGGCUUCAGAUUACAUCAACGGUGGUACUGCACACCAUAGUCAUAGCCCAGCAUCAUCGAUUAGGCCACCUACUGCUACAGCCAACUCUCCCCACAGGUCAUCAGCCUUGAAGCAAGGACCAGCCCCGUCAAGUGCUUUCCCACACGAUGCCCCGGCUACGGGUGCAGGCACAUCUACCCCACCAGGUAGACGGAGUGUGCAGUUUGCAAGGCAAGAUCCGGGAGCUUCCUAUGCGGGACAUUCCAGGCAAGGUUCAUGGGGGGUCGAAGAUUGGGAGACCCCAGGCAAGGACCGCCGAGGACAAUCUUUGAUGUCAAAACUGAAGGCACUGGCUGCCACAGGUACUCAUAGUAGGAAUCAAAGCAACACUGCGAACUCCAUUGACGAAGGUACGGCAUCUGCACCUUUUUCGCCUGCCACAGAUCGAUCAGCCAGAUUCCCGCAGACAUUACAAGAAGAAGGCAGCGACGUGGAUGCGGAUGCUGAGGAGACAGCUGAUGAAGGAGGUGCACCUGAUACUGAUCGAAUCAGACGAAAGCGUCGGAUGCGAAGACCCCCAGAGACUGCAGGGGCGAGCCAGACCGCACCGAAUACACCCAGAGCACGGAACACGGCGCAAGCAGAUUAUGCGGGGAGGAGUGGCCGUCCAACUUUUUUCUUGAGUCGGCGAGCGACAGAUGGAUCGCUGGAGCAGCGAGGUCAUGUUUCGGAGGGUGAAGGCCGUGAUAGACUGGAUGCUCAGCGACCCUGGAGACGUGGAAGCUCAUGGAUGACUGGUGCUCGAGGACAGAGCUACGGGGGAAAUAAUUCUGUUGACGUUGACAGUCCACCGACUUCGAGAAGACCAAGCACUUUCAGGCGUGCACUCACCGGGCUAGGAGGAGGUCAGAGUGACGGUGAUGGACCAGCUCCAAGAAGACCCUUCCUAGCAGCGGAGCGUGCGUCGACAUUUGGAGCUCAGAGAUGGCGGAUGCUGAAGCACGGUCUCAAGUUAUUGGGUCAGAAGAAGGAGGAACACAGGGUUGAUUAUCUCAAGUCGGCAGAGUUGAUGGCUGAACUCCGUGCUGGGGCUCCCGCGGCACUUAUGCUUGCUAGCAUGAUUCAACGAGAUGAGCACGGAAAUAAACGUAUUCCUGUUCUCCUCGAACAGCUGAAGUUACGGGUGACAGACAGUAAGCCUAGUCUCGACGAGCCUUCAGAAACGGAAAGACAUCUUGUCUUCAGUAUCGAGCUUGAAUAUGGAAAUGGCUUGAAUCGCAUGAAAUGGGUUGUUCAUCGCUCUCUUCGAGAUUUUGCUAAUCUGCACCUACGCUACAAAUUUCAAGGUAGCAGCGAUAAGUAUAUUCAACUCCGGAGCGAUGUUGAUUCGAGGCCGAAGCAACCUCGAUUUCCCAAAUCAGCAUUUCCAUAUUUUAGGGGCGUUCGCGGACUUGGCGAAAGUGAAGAAGACGAAGCAGAGACAAUCCGUGCCUCCGAGACUGCUGGAGAGGCAACGCAUAGCGAAACGGAGCGAAAACGGAAGAAGAAACGCCCUUCACUGGGCGGAGGCCGAAGAAGGUCCAGCGCCGUAGAAACAGAUCCAAAUACUGGAGCUGUUAUUGGGGGGAGCCAGGCCGCCCACCAGAAGAGGAUCUUCAAUGAGAGACAACGUAGGAGGCUUGAGCAAUACCUCCAAGAAAUGAUUCGAUGGCUCAUCUUUCGAGCUGAUAGCAACCGCCUUUGUCGGUUCUUGGAGCUCUCUGCUCUUGGAGUGCGAUUGGCAGCCGAGGGGAGUUACCAUGGGAAGGAAGGAUUCCUUGUCAUUCAAUCGGCGAAGGGUCUAGACGUCAGGAGAAUGCUCGCACCCAAGAACGUUUUCUCUCGACACUCUCCGAAAUGGUUUCUGGUCAGACACAGCUACAUUGUCUGCGUCGAAUCCCCAGAGAAUAUGCACAUCUAUGAUGUCUACCUUGUGGAUCCAAAAUUCGAGAUCAGGAAAAAGCGACGCAAGCUCAAAGAGCUAGGUGGAAAAGAGAUUGGAAAAGAGAUUGUUGCACAAGCCGAGACUUCUGCAAAACAUCCUAAACAUCAUACCUUGAAAUUGCAGAACUCAGAGGGGAAGAUCAAGCUCUUAGCUAAGAAUGAGCGCCAACUAAGACAAUUCGAGGAGUCUUUGACGUUCAUGUUGAAUAAUACUCCAUGGUCAAAACCAAAUCGAUUUGGAAGUUUUGCACCCGUGCGCACCGAUGUCUACGCCCAGUGGCUUGUAGAUGGCCGGGAUUAUAUGUGGAAUGUUUCUCGAGCCAUAAACAUGGCCAAAGAUGUCAUUUAUAUUCAUGAUUGGUGGCUCAGCCCUCAAUUGUACAUGCGAAGGCCUGCUGCGAUCAGUCAGAAAUGGCGUCUUGAUAGGCUACUUCAGAGGAAGGCCAGAGAGGGUGUCAAGAUCUUCAUCAUUAUCUACAGAAAUGUUGAAGCUGCCAUUCCUAUCGAUUCUGAGUUUACCAAAUUUUCGAUGCUCGACCUCCACCCCAACAUAUUCGUACAAAGGUCGCCAAACCAGUUCAAGAAGAACCAGUUCUUCUUCGCCCAUCACGAGAAAAUCUGCAUCGUUGACCACACCGUGGCCUUUGUCGGCGGUAUCGACCUCUGCUUCGGUCGAUGGGAUACACCACAACACUCUGUGGUGGACGACAAGCCAACUGGCUUUGAACAGUCAGACCUUCCCAAAGAUGCGGAUCACUGCCAGCUAUGGCCUGGUAAAGAUUAUUCAAAUCCUCGAGUCCAAGACUUCUACAAGCUCUCGGAACCUUACGCGGAGAUGUAUGACCGCUCCAAGACUCCUAGAAUGCCUUGGCAUGAUGUCUCCAUGCAAGUUGUUGGCCAGCCUGCCCGCGAUUUAACCCGCCACUUUGUGCAAAGAUGGAAUUAUGUGCUUCGAGGUCGUAAACCUACAAGACCAACCCCAUUUCUGCUUCCCCCACCGGACUAUGAUCCCGCUGACCUUGAGGCCCUGGGGCUCACUGGUACCUGCGAGGUCCAGAUACUACGUUCGGCUACGGACUGGUCCCUAGGAGUCACAGAGACGGAGCACAGUAUCAUGAAUGCAUAUUGCAAAAUGAUUGAGGAGUCGGAACACUUUGUUUACAUGGAGAACCAGUUUUUUAUCACGAGUUGUGAGACGAUGAACGUCAAAAUCGUCAACAAGAUUGGCGAUGCCAUUGUCGAGCGUGCAAUUCGAGCUUAUCAGAACAAUGAGAGUUGGCGAUGCGUCAUACUCAUUCCUCUUAUGCCGGGGUUUCAAAACACCGUGGACGAACCCGAUGGCACGAGUGUACGAUUAAUUAUGCAAUGCCAGUUCCGUAGUAUUUGCCGUGGUGAAGGGUCAAUCUUCGGCCGUUUGCGGAGUUACGGCAUCGAACCCGAAGACUUCGUCCAAUUCUAUAGCCUCCGAGCAUGGGGCAGGAUCGGCCCAAAGAAGAUGCUGGUGACUGAACAGCUAUAUAUCCAUGCGAAGAUCAUCAUUGUCGAUGACCGUAUUGCAUUGAUUGGUUCAGCAAACAUCAACGAAAGAUCUAUGCUAGGUUCGCGAGACUCCGAGUGUGCGGCUGUGGUUCGAGACACCGAUAUGCUUUGGUCAGUAAUGGAUGGAGAACCAUAUCUCGUUGGCCGUUUUGCCCACACUCUGCGCAUGCGUCUGAUGAGGGAGCACCUCGGCGUUGAUGUGGACGAGAUCAUGGAGGAGGAGCGCCGCGCGGAGUUGGAUAAAGAAGAGGAAGACUAUGAGACAAAGAUGAAUGGGAUCUAUGGUGACGCUGGCGAUACUGACUCGGUGCAAGACCGGGUUGGCGAGAUGGAACCUGGGCUUCUUGACCAAGCUGCACGCAUUGCAAAGCAGGAAUUGCGGAGCUUCAAUCACGACGUCGACUGGGAAGAACAAGAUAAUCCCAACAUAGAACCUGAUAAGUUCAAACCUCUUACAACCGAUAGCAGAGUCACUGGCAACGCACGACAUGCUGCCGACGUUGACGGGGAGGGUGGAGACCACUGGAAGACUGCCGAGCAAGCUGGGCUUGUUCGUGGCAGAGACUCGAUUCUAGUUGACGGGGCUCGCGAGGUGUUGCUCGCGGAUAUUGCAGCGGAAGGCAGAGGUACCGUAGACCACCCAAAAAAGCCACAAUCCGGAGCUUCGCCUGCUGCUCUUCAGCGCGGCGGCAGCAAUGACAGCAGAUCCGGCAGCGAUAGUCUUCCACCACUGCCGCCAUUGCUGCCACGACGGACUACAGAGCAAUUAGGGCUAUCUCAACUCUCUCAGCUCCCUCCUCUCCCUGCUCUGGACGAUACAGAUAUCGGUGGGCCUCCGCUACAUUUCGAUGUAUCUGGAAAUCCCACGUCAAAGCCCUACAAUCCGGUGACAGCUGAUAUCAAAACAGCCCACGUGGAUAAAGACUGUAUGCGGGACCCACUGGACGAUUCUUUCUUCGAGGAUACGUGGCGACUUAUUGCAGAGAACAAUACCAAAAUUUUCAGACGGGUAUUCAGAUGUCAUCCUGACAGCGAGGUCACGAAUUGGCAUGAAUACAGGGAAUUUGUGGCUUAUGCUGAGAGAUUUGCCCAGGCGCAAAGUGGUGUCAAAAGCACCGAACGAGAAGAGCAAGAAGCCCCGGGUAAAAGUGGACCACCUGGAGCAGCAACGACAGUUCCAGGCUUGGGAGGUAUAAGUCAAGGUUUGACCACCAUAUCCGAGAAGGCCAAUUCACAUGGAAAUAAUGGGACUGUGGCAGAAUGGGCUGAGAAUGCCAAUGCGGAACAUAAUGAGCGCCUCGGCACUUCCAAUGCCAAUGAAGCGACCACGCACGGCCAGAUUGAUGGACUUGAUGAGAAAGCUACUAUGAAGCGGGUAUCAGGUGAAGCGCCAUCUUUACCAAAAACACCAGUAAUGGCUGCGAGGAAUGAAAACUUCCCGCCCCUCGAUUCUACGUUGAUCAAUUCAUCGACCGCAGAACCCGAGAAGGCUUCACAAUCGGCCUCACGGAAAGCUACAUUCACUUCGACGACGCCUCCAGAGAAUAAGGCAAGCAAUGCUGCCCCUCCCAACACUUUGAACCAAGGCUCUGUCAAAAAGCGUCGUCGUGGGACUACGAAGGGUAGCCGUCGGGGCUUCUCUGCAAGCGACGAUCUCCUCAGCCCGGCCGACACCGAAGAACUCUUGAGUAUGGUUCAAGGACAUCUGGUCGCCUUUCCGUAUGACUGGCUCAUCAAAGAAGAACUCAACUCAAAUUGGCUGUACCAGGUAGAUCAAGUGGCGCCUCUUCAAAUCUAUGACUAA